AUGUCGAGAGAUAAUGGUUCUCCCAAGGAAGGCUCGGCCCCUCCUAAUUCGAGGGAUUCCAGAAGGGUGUCACUGUGGCAUUUACCGGUCGCUUCACGCAGCUCACCCAGCCCUGACGGCCAUGCUCUGAGCGGACAAACUCCAGAGAAAUCCGUUUUCCAUACGACGCCACUACAGUUGAGGGAUGUUAUCAAAGAAGGCCUCUCCGUUGCUACCAGUCCGGAAGAUGCGCGAGCCUGGCUUGUUGGCUUCGGUGAUUUGAAUCCCGGCACGGAUGUAUCACGCAGAUUUAUCGAUCUCCGCGAAGACCAUCACGGUGACCAAGGUACCACAUCGUUGUUAUCUUUACUCAUACAAUGGCUGCCUACUUGGGCACAGAAGGCGGGAAAGGCCCGGAAAGAGAGCAAAACCUCCAGGUCAGCCUCCCUAAAGGAGCAUAAGGACUUGGACUGGUUGCUCCAGUACAUAUCGGACUAUCUGGAGCUGGGACACACCGGCUUCGACCCGCAGGAAUUGUCUCGGACUGUAGAAGCUAUUACUGCUCUAUGUCUGAACGCGAAUCGUCAGGAGGACAUAGAUGCCGGCGUAAGCAUCCUCUACAUCAUCUCGUCGCAUUUCGACUAUCCACCCAGCGGCUUGGACCAGACUCUUGUGGUGUUAUGUGCUUCUAUCACAAGCUUAUCAGAAGUGCCACGACACCUCUUCGAUUGUGCAAAGCUGUUGGCUACCAGUGGACUGCACGCCGGAUUCAUGAGCACGCUCUAUUCCUUUGUACGCACUCCUAUUUCAGAGAGCCCGAGACACUACCUCUCGCACGCCAGAGGUGCAACGCGGAUCUUGCAGCAUCUGAUAGACGAAAGGCAGGAAGGAGGAGGGUUUGUUCUCAGCUUGCAAGACUUCCUCGAAGUGUUACACCCCGCAGCACAGCAAGGCAUCUCGCGCUUCUGUUACGACAUUUUGAAUGCUUUGCAUGCCAUCAUGUCGAGUCCCCGAUCACAGACAGAGAUGCCUUCCUUGGACUUUGGGAUGUUGUUGGAAACUGUGCGUCUUUGUUUCGAGGCGACUUCGCCAAGAAGCCAGACCCUGGAUGAGGACCGGCAGUGGGAGCACCACUCCAGAGAUCGCGAAACGGUGUCGAAAAAUCUGGCUCAAGAUUUCCUGCGCAUCUGGGAUCGCCUUCCCAGCUCAGAUCAGAUUGCCAUCCACGAACUCUUUCUUCAUUUUCCUCACUACGCUGAUCAGAGUCAGUUAAUUCUGAGCCUGAACUACGCAAGCGCUAAUCACUUGUCGUCGGAAGACGACAAUAUCAAGAGCCAGUACGCUGACAAAAUCUACAAGGAGAUUGUUCAGGACCAGGCUUUGCCCUCAGCGGCGCGUCUGAGAGCUAUCGAAAUCCUUGUACAGGCUGGAAACCCUUUCAACGACACAGUGGCAGAACCCAAUACUUUCCCACACGAAGCCUAUGUAUCAAUCUUUGGCGGAUUGCUCGACCAACUCGAUAGUGAACGUGACACUCGCGUUUUUGAGACACUGCUCAGAUCUUUGGACCACAUGGUUUCGAACUACGAGGAGGCUGCAAAAGAGAAGGCAUCAACAAUUCGCACAAUUGAGAAGAUCCGCGGACGUUUGAUGAAGGAUGCGCCGGCAGUGGUGUCUCUAAAUGAUGACCUAGCCAUCUUAGCUACCAAAGUUCUUAUCACUAUCUUCAGCUACAGCAUUCACACCGAUGCCGAUGCUGCCGUCAAGGUUUUCGACGCCUUGGUCGAAGCUGCUAGCUCUCGCUGCCAGUCCCGCCCGGCUCGUCUUGUCGCCAAACGCCUGUUGUUCCGGAUCAGAGCCGAUGACGCUGGGUUCAUUUACAUUGCUACCGGGAGCCACAGCCGCCAUAUCGCUAGUGCCCUUGUGCGGACCAGAGAGUCUGCCGACACAUUCAAGCUUGAAAACCCCUCACAGCGAGAUUCUGCAAGCAGCACGAGCUUGUCGGCGAGAUCGGACGCCGGCGAUCCACUGUGGAUGUAUCCGGAGACGGAGGAUGUCAACUACCCAUUCGCUGGUCGAGCAUCACGCAUACUCAAUGUGAGCAAGACUGCCUAUCCGCAGGUGAAAGAAGGAUUAGACAUGAACAUCUGGCUCAUGAGCAUCAUCCGAUGCCUGCAAGCCGAUCAAGAUUGGGAGACAUACGGUUACACAGUCGUCCAUGCUGGUGCGCAACUGAGCAACAUCGCUCUGUGGCUCAACUCGAUACAAGCAAUCGUCAAGCUACGGCAAGUGUUGUGCGAACAAAUUGUCAACAACUCCUUCCGAGAACCACCGACGUCCACCGGACUGAAGAGAUCUGACGUCGCCCUGUGUAUGUAUGAUAUCUUGGUCAAUCUCACACCCUUCGCGACCAUGAGAUCCGAGGAAGUUCAAAAAGGCUUCGGAGACGAUAUGGUCCGGGCCUUCAUCUCUGGGCUUGGGGGAGCUUGGGAGGGGACGAGUCGUGGCUGCAUCCACGCACUGUCACUCUGCAGUCUCGAGAUUCCGUCGUCUGUGGCCACGUUGUAUCCCACCAUUAUUGACAAAAUGUCCAAGAACAUGACGCAAGGGCAUCUUACAGCACACAUCCUCGAAUUCCUGAUCCAAGUUGCACUGCUCCCAGAAAUGCACUCCAACCUGAAUCCGGAUGAGAUUCAGAUGAUCUUCGGGAUAUGCAUCCAAUACCUCGAGAAGACGCGGGCGCAGCAACAGUCGACCGUUACCGCGCCACAGGGUCGGGUCAGCGCGACGUCAAGGCACAGUGGAAUGAACUUCAAACGACCGCCAUACCGUGCCGCCAUGCUGACGGAUAUUGGGUUGCCUCAAUAUGCUGCUGCGUUGGCAUACCACAACAUCCUAUUCUGGUUCCUAUCGCUUCGCCUGGAUCUCAGGGCCAAAUACGUACAGUGGAUUGUUCCGCGGCUGGUGUGGAAAAACGGCCGCGGAGAGGAGGCGAUUGACGAGCAGGGUGAAGUGCUCAUUGACAUGAUGCAAAGAACCGCAUUCUCCGACCUGGGCGAAACUUCACCUAAUCACGACUUUGCGGGCUCCGAAGAUGGACCGGUGUCUUCGGCUUCAUGGAUUGCUGGUCUCAGCAUCGUAACUGUCGAGGUCGCUGGUCACACCGGCAAAACCCAUAUCACCAAACGCCAGGCUUCCGGCACCACAUAUGCCAUGUACCAACAGUUGACGGCGCCCUUACCUUCACAUCAUCGGCCUGGGUAUACACAAAUCCGGCAACAAGAGAUCACGACUGAAGUACUACCUCCGCAUGUCAUGCUGCAACGAGUGGCGAGUGCGGCAAUCACCAAUCUGGCUGAUCAACCCCUUCUCCUACCACAGGAAGAGUAUGUCCAACGAGCUCUUGAAGGGUUCGACCGAAUACCGACGGUUACUAGCCACAAAUUCGGCGUGCUUUUCAUUGAUGAAGGACAAACUGACGAGUCUGAAUAUCUCACCAAUACCGGCGGCUCUGCAGAUUUCGACCGGCUUCUCGAUGGCCUCGGCUACGUGGUGUCACUAGAACCACCUCUGCAGUUCAAACCUCAGGGGCUCGAGUAUCCUCGAGACGGCGAGCGCACGAUUGCUUGGCGAGAUCGGGUUGAAGAGAUCAUCUACUUUGUGCCGACAAUGAUGCCGACUGAUGUGGAGGAGGAUCCUCAGUGUAUUAACAAGAAGGCGCACGUUGGCAAUUGUCACGUCAACAUCAUCUUCAACCGGUCAGGACUUGACUGGGAUAUGAAUAACCUGAAGUCGCAGCUGAACUACGUCAACAUCGUUAUCCGACCAGCGUGCCGCAGCAGAGAAGCCAAAGACCCGGACUUUCUGCCAGGCUUCUACUGGGUUCGUGUCAUCACAAGGGUCGACUUGCCGAAUAUAUCCCCCGCGGCGGACGCCAAGAUCAUCUCGGCCGCUCAGCUCGCCACCUUUGUGCGAACCUUGGCACUGAACGCCAGCAUGUUCUGUCAAACAUGGAACACGAAGGACGAUGAUACCGAGUUUCCGAGUGCUUGGAGAGCGCGACUGCAGCAGCUCAAGAGGCUUAAGGAGCGCGUGAUGAAAGCAGCUGACAAGCAGGCCCCGUCUGGUGGUGCAGCCAUGACAAGUAUCAAUACGCCGCCCGGAACGUCGAGCGGGAGAAAGACACCGGUACCCAGAGAGGAGCCUGGCGGAGCGAAGAAAGACGGGUCAUUGGCAUCUCAGCUGGAUUUCAGUUCGUGGACGAUUCACACGCGGAAAUAG